UUCCAUAGAAAAUACGAGUUUACAUUUGACAAUGCGAUGAUGGGACUGCCAUAUAUACAUGCCUGUGUGAAUGGGGCGCUUAGAAUAUACCCUCCUAUUCCAAGUACAUUGCAGCGAGACACUUGUUCCACGACAGUCAAAAUCUCGGGCUACGAUAUUCCACCGAAGGUAAAUAUUCAUAUACCUCUUUACUAUUCCACUGACAGUAUAUAGACCAAAGUUGAAGUUCACCCACUAGCAGCAUUUCUGUCUCCAGGAAAUUUCCAUAGCCCAGAUCAAUUCAUCUCUGACAGAUGGCUGCCGGAAGCAAAACUACCCUCGUCACCAUACCAUACUGACAGCCGCGACGUGAUGCAGCCUUUCGCAUAUGAACGGCGAAACUGCAUUGGGAAGAGACUUGCUUUGAACCAGACGCAUGCGUUUAGUGCGGGGAUUCUCUGACCUUCGAUUUGGUAUGCAAAGAAAGCGAGAACAGGGAGGAGCAAAAGAUCUACACAUUCUGGGAGAAACCAUCGAUAAUGAGAAAAUCCAAACAGCGUAGUAUGUAACACAGAACAAAAAUCUAAAAUCUAAA